CACGUUAAGAGCACAUGAUCGCCUAUCAUAGCACGUGCAUAUAUAUAUUUGCAUUUCAAAAGUGUCAUUCGCAUUCGAGUGAUGUACCGUACAUAAAAGGCUGUCCGCUUUUGUCAAGAUCAGUUUCCGAAACGUAGAUCUUAUUUAAAAAGAUAAGCAAUGGAUACGACGCACCUUACGUUUUAUUAUAAGAAUAGAGAUCGAGAUACAAAAAAAUAGCAAAGUCAAAUAUGUUGAUAUAUGUAUAUAGAAAUGAUAAUAAAACAUUACUGAAAUUCAUAUAUUUCAGCAAUGUCAUUUUCGACGGACAAUCUUUUAGUCAGCGAAUGUAGCUUCUAGAGUGAACUAGUACCUGGGGAAGAGACAGAGAGCACUCUUCGAGAAGGUGCUGUGCUCUCCUCUGACGCGCUUCGAAGAAGAAAGCGCGCGAAAGUGACAAGUGACAGCUAACAGCUGACAGAAUAAUAAGAUACUUCGCGAAAAGGAGGUAAGAGAAAAAAGUAAACAACUACAAAAGCGAAAGAAACAGCAUUAUCCGUUAUUGCGACUAAAUAAUGACAGGAUGAAUUUUUCGUUCGCCGGUGGCGGCUUCCUGGGCAUCUAUCAUGUCGGGGUGGCGAUCGGUUUAAAAAAACACGUGCCGCAUUUGUUGAAUAAAAUAAGCGGCGCGUCCGCAGGUGCUAUAGCCGCAUGUUGCUUGCUUUGCGAUGCAUCCCUCGAUACCAUGAACGGUGUAUUACAUAUAGCACGUGAAGCGCAAAAACAUCUACUAGGAGCAUUCACUCCACAUUUCGAUUUGCAACUCGUUUUGUUGGAAACCGUGGAAAAGCUUCUGCCGGAUGAUGCUCACAUUCGUGUAAAUGGUAAACUACAUAUUUCUUUGACUAGAGUACAUGAUAGGAAGAAUGUCAUUAUCUCACAAUUCGAUUCAAGAGAGGAUUUAUUACAAGCUCUACUAGCUGCUUCGUUUGUACCAGUGUUUUCUGGUUACCUGCCACCAAAAUAUCACGGCAUCAGGUACAUGGACGGUGGUUUCAGUGAUAAUCUUCCCAUGUUCGAUGAAGAUACAAUUACUGUAGCUCCAUUUUGCGGAGAGAGCGAUAUUUGCCCUAGAGACUCCUCGCUUCACCCUUUUCACUUCAAUGUUACAAAUAUGAGUGUAGAACUUUCUGCGCAAAAUGCAUAUAGAAUCAUUCGGGCAUUUUUGCCGCCUAAAAUAGAGAUGCUCACGAAAAUUGGUUGGCAAGGACGCGAUGAUGCACUACAGUUCCUGCGUCGUAGAAAUUUAUUAAAAUGAAUCGAUAUAUUUACUCUCACAUAAACAAUAUAGAGUACAUUGUAACUGAUAAUGGAAUAUGACGCGAAAUAAUAAUGAUAAGUUACUGGAGACAUAUAAGUAGUUUCGCGAAAGAAUAUUUUCUUUUGAAAUAUUAAAAAAAUUUUUAUAAUAAAAUAA